UGAAGCGGUCUCACAUCGAUGAGAUCGUCCAUUCUGUUACUCAUGCCUGUGUUCAAACUGUAGCUGGUGCGUAUUUCCUUGUUCUGUGCAUCGCAACGAACUGACUCUAAGCAACUGUGGAUCCAACGGAACCGUUUUAAACUAUUGCACCUAAACGGCGGUUGAAAGUCUUCCCGCAUGGCUUCCCGAUGAUAAGCUUUAGUCGGUUUGAUUGCCAGUUGGGGGACCGGAACUUUGUUCUUUUCCAAUGCUGCAGGUGAUCGGUUUACUCCUCACUGGUCUAGGAUGGAGCCUGGAGCUGCUGGUGUUUUUGCUGGACUUGAAUUACUGGCUCAUGUCUUUCCUCUUCUCGCAUUUGUUCUGGACCAUCCGCUUUAUUGUAAACUUGCCAGGUACAGUUACCAUGGGGCUGCUUCACUUCUGGCAAGGUCUCCUAGGCCACAUGGCCAGGAUGGGGGAUUCCUUCUGCAGUGUGUUGCUGGGUACAUUGCAGGCAGUAAGCAGCGUUGUGAGGGGAGGCCUGCCUGGCUUAGAUUGCCUUCAGCUGGUGUGGAAUUUGGUUUGCCACACACUCCUUAGAAGUAAGGAAAUGAUGCAGCGAGGACUAUUCAACAUUGCACUUUCUGGACAGACGCUUCACCGCCUGUUUUGGGACGCCCUGAGCAUUGCCGGUAGCUUGGUCGCCUACCUAGUGAACAGUUUGGUGAAUGUAUGCCUUAUUGCAAUACAAAAUGUUUUAUCAUCCUUUCUUGCCCUUUGGAUCUCCUUGGUUAAUGUCAUCACAGUUUUGCUCUCUCAAAUCUCCAGCAAUGCUGUGGCCAUAGCGUUUUUAUUGUGGAAUCCGUGUCAACUGGUUCUAGAUGGCGUGGCGUUGCUUAGCUGGGAACUGGGAGCAAUAUUCUUCAGGAAUCUUUAUAAAGUCAUUCUGCUGCUUCUCCUCAUGUGGGUUUGCCGGUCCCUCAUCAGGCCUACUACUCCAGUUUUCCUUCAGUUACGUGUGAGAAUCAUCCGGUUAUACCAUACGGUAAAUGUGUUUAUUCUUGCUGUGAUUUAUUCAGAGGUUUGGAGCCAGGCCGCUGCUAAGUGUCUUCAACUUAUAAGAAUGUACAGAGGGGCUUGGGAGAGAGACUGGAACUGGAGGAGAACUAGGCCACAGAACAUACCUGUGAGACCUAAUACAGCACAAAACCCUCCCUCGCAGUCUAUCUGGGUGCAGAACAGAGUACCUCUUAGACUGCAUAACCCUCCAGUCAGACCUGCUUUAGGUCAGGAUCUGGAACCUGUUGGAGUCCAGAACCGUGAACCAGGACCAGCUUCAAGUCUGUGCAAUCCAGCUUCCCCCGCAGAGGCAGGCCGUGUAUCAGAAGAUCCUUGGAAGCUUCUGAAACAACAAGAAGAGAGCAAAAAGUGUGUGAUAUGUCAGGAUGAGACCAAAACUGUUCUUCUGCUACCCUGCCGUCAUCUGUGUCUCUGCGCUCCCUGCACCCAAAUACUCUUGCAGCAGCCUAUCCUUCAGCGUAAUUGUCCACUUUGCCGGAAGAUGAUCUUGCAGACCUUGAACGUCUAUAUCUAAUAAGCCAUUCUACUGAGUUUAUGCACUAUUGAGACUAUGCUGCGCAUUGCGGACCGGUGUUGUUUGUUUCAUUUAUCUAUUUAAAAAAAAAAAAAAAAAGUUCGUUGACCUUGUUUGUAAGAAACCAUUUCAUUUUUUUUACGUCGGAAGCAAUUUUUGAGGCUGUUAAGUCAAGCUGUGAAAGGGGUCAAGGUGCGUUAUAUGAACUUGGGAAUAACCUCACUGUGAGAAGGACACUUGCCAAGAAUCUGUAUUGUAUGUAACUGCAUUGUGUGAAUUGCAGCGUUUCAUUUUUUCUGAACAGCUGUUAAUAUCAUUAAAUCCGCAGUUCUGUUUUAGGUUCCUUUAAAAA